CUUACGCACGCGUGUAAAAUUUUUAUUAGAAUAUUAUUAAACUAAAAUAAGCUUGAUAUUGGAAAUAAACAUGAUAACAUCUAAAAUAAUUGUAUUAAUAUAAUGGUGUGAUAUCAGAGAAAUUGUUGCUUCAAAAUGGUUUUCGAGUCGAUACCCAGAACCGUUCGGAUAAUUUUAUUGGGAGAGCCAGGAGUUGGAAAAACUUCUCUUAUUUUAUCAUUAGUUACUGAAGAAUUUACAGAACAUGUUCCUCCUAAAGCCGAAGAAAUUACAAUUCCUGCAGAUGUUACUCCAGAACAAGUACCGACAAACAUUGUUGAUGUCUGCCUUGCUGAACAAACUCCAGAACAAGUUGCAGAAGAAAUUGAGAAAGCUCAUGUUGUUUGUAUAGUAUUUUCUGUGGACAAACAAGAAACCUUGAAUAAGGUUGCAUCUUACUGGUUACCUUUCGUAAGAGACAACAGCCCCGAGGAUUACAGAAAGCCCGUAAUUCUUGUUGGUAACAAGAUUGAUUUGAUUGACUAUUCAGUCAUUGAUAACAUUUGGGACAUAGCAGAGGAAUAUCCCGAAGUAGACAGGUGUAUUGAAUGUUCAGCUAAAACACUCACAAAUGUAUCGGAAAUGUUCUAUAAUGCACAAAAAGCAGUCUUGCAUCCCAUCCACCCAAUUUACUCUAUAGAAGAGCAAGAGCUUACAGAGAGAUGCAAGAGAGCACUUACAAGAAUAUUUAAGAUAUGUGAUUUGGACGGAGAUGGACUGUUAGAUGAUUAUGAGGUCACAAUAUUUCAGAAAAAGUGUUUUGACACUCCUCUGCAUUUACAGGUUUUGGACGAAGUGAAAUCUGUCAUUGCACAAAACAUUGCCGGUGGCAUUGAGAAUGAUUGUAUAACUAUGAAGGGAUUUAUAUUUCUGCACUGCCUUUUCAUACAAAGAGGAAGAAAUGAAACAACUUGGACAGUUCUCAGAAAGUUUGGAUAUGAUGAAAGCUUAGAGCUAACCCACAGCUACCUUUAUGCCACUAUAAGGGUACCGGCGGGGUGUACUUCAGAACUCUCAUACAAAGGCCAGCAAUUUCUCACUCAGAUUUUUGAGAAGUAUGACAGAGACAAAGAUGGCAUGCUGAAUCCUAAUGAAUUAAAGAAUGUUUUCUCCUGUUGUCCUCGUAUACCUUGGCAUAAUUUGCGAUAUACUGUACCAACAAAUGAGAAGGGGUUUUUAACCUUGCAAGGUUGGAUGUGUCGUUGGACUUUGAUGACUUUAUUAGAUUUACAAAAUACAAGUGCCUAUUUAGCAUACUUGGGAUUCAAUUUCCUUGAAAAUGAUACUCAAAAAUCAGCAUUUCAUAUUACCCGGGAUAAGAAAAUUGAUAUUGCUAAGAAGCAAUCUAGCCGCACUGUGUACCAGUGUCACGUGAUUGGACCCAGGGGCUGUGGAAAAACUUCUAUUUGUAGAAGUUUCCUGGGUAUUGCCCAUAAGAAAAUUAAGUCGCACGCACACGAGCGCGGCGACAGCGCUGACGAGGCGUGCAUCAGCAGCGUGAACGUGUACGGACAGGAGCGGUACCUCGUGCUGCGCGAGGUGGGCGUGGCUCGCGUGUCCGACCCCCUGCAGCCCGCCGAGGUCAACUGCGACGUCGCAUGCCUGCUCUACGACGUUGCCAACCCGCGCUCCUUCGAAUACAUAGCCAGGAUAUACAUUAAAUAUUUCGCCGAAAGUCAUAUCCCUGUUUUAAUCGUGGGCACGAAGGGUGAAGCCCUGAUAACGAGACAGGAGUACAUCCUGCAGCCCGAAGUGUUCUGCAGCAAGUACCAGCUACUCCCACCGCAGAUUUUCAACAUCAGGGAAAAUAAACAGGACAUAUUUGUCAAGUUAGCGACUAUGGCAGCUUUUCCUCAAUUUCAAGCUGCUUGGAUUUUGUUCAGCAAGCACAGACACCUGAAGCAAUUCGCAAGCUUUGCCGGGGAGAACUCGUCGUGGUGGAAGGCCGGCAUCGGCGUCGCCGCCGCUACUAUCAUGGGGCUAGUUCUCAUCAAGAUGCUUAAUUUUCAAAAAUGGUAGCCGACAGAUUCAUGGAGUGCAGUUCUCUUUUACACUGCCGCCAUCACGUAGAGACAAAAUUAAUUUACAUUAGUAUUUAUUCUUUACAAAUUAACUUAAUGUACAGUAAAUCAGAGUCGUCUAACUCAAGACUAACAACCAAAGAUUCUGAUAAGAGUAUUAUUUAUUUUCAGUUGUAAAUAAAGUGUUUGAAUAAGGCAUAUUUAUUUUUGUUAAA